AUGGCGGACGGUGACGGCGGCGCGACCACCACCGUCGCUCUAAGAAUCCCUCCUAGUCACAACCGUUGCGAUUUAAUCAAAGAGGGUGUAUUAGACUCAAUCAGCUAUCUCCCUGAUGAGAUCCUCCAACAUAUCCUCUCUUUUAUUCCGACCAGAUUCGCCAUCAGAACCACAGUCUUGUCCAGACGUUGGAGGCACGUAUGGUCCAAUACACCUUGUCUCUCCUUCGAUAUACAUAAACUGAACGCUGAUUCGAUCAACAAAACCCUAGAUUGCUACAGGGCUCAAAGGAUGAUGAGCUUAAUGCUCUAUACCAGCGUGUUCGACAAUCUUGAUUGCAUUGACAGAUGGAUAGAGUUUGCCGUGUCCAGGAAGGUACAGGAUCUGUCGCUAAAAAUCAUUCCUCGUAUCUCUUACACUUCUUACGUGAUUCCUGAUUCGUUCUACACCAACUCUUCGCUAAAAGAACUCAGCCUUGAGUUAAGUUUGGAUAUUUUGAUUCCGAGAUGCCCCGUUUCUUGGACGUCACUUAAGAGCCUUUCAUUGAAUUCUCGUAACCUCUCUGAUGAAUCCUUCUUGGAUGUACAUCGCAAUAGUUCUGGUGCAGGGCCAACUCAGAUUGUGGCACCACAUAUCCAUGUUCUCGCUCUCAAGUUGACGAAUGCGUUGCCGUGUUUUUUAGUUGAUGUCUCGUCUUUAAAAGAAGCUAAGCUAGAGAUAAGCUUUUGUAAAGGUGAAAACCUCAAUGCUGGGGCUCUUCAAUCCAUGGCUCUAGAGAUGUUAGAGAAGUUGCAGGAUGUAGAGAAGCUUAUUCUUAGGGAAAACUUUCUUAAGAUUUUAUCUCGUGCAGAGCUCCGAGAUGUUCCUUUCCCCAAGUUCAUGGUCAAAGAUUUGAUACUUGUGACAAGGAUCUCUCACUAUGUAAUUCCUGGUAUAGUGAGGUUGCUACAAAACUCUCCCCACUUAAAGAAGCUAACAGUACACACAAUGAAUAUUCGCAAUCGCAGCAGCAUACUGGAGAGCUUCCUUGACACAUAUUGGGAUGGAUUGAAUGUGGAUCAACGUUGGAGCUGGGAAGCAAGGGUCUUUAGAAACAUUUUCGAUAGGAAUGUAGAGUCCAAUGACGUGGAUAAGUUUAUGGAGCUUAUGCUUAAAACCACGAAGACAGUAGAGAAGAUGGUCGUAACUCGUAAGAUUGGAACGUUACCUUGA